CAACUAACACACACGAAAAAAAUUCUUAAAAAAGAACAACAAUGUGAGAGCCACUAAGAGGAAGCGUGUGGAAACAUUUGAACCGUCUGAAAUGUCGACAACAGACUUUUUGUUCCGCUUCCACCCGGCACGACCGAUCGGUCAUUGAUUGCUUUUGCCGAAAAGAAAAUGUCUGCCUGCGUCGCUCUCUGUAGCUGAUCUGAGAACAGUUAAUUUAGGUAAAAAAAGAGAACUGCUUCCGUGCUUGAGCAAAGUCACUUUUUUGUCACUGUUUUGUUUUUGGGUGUAUGUUUGUUUCUACCCGUUAUCUGGGACCCCCACACGCGGUUUUUGUCAACCGCCACCUCGGGCCACACUUUUGACGCCAGGAAUGUUCCGAGGAGCACAAGAAUGGAAGAGAAAGCCUUAGAAGUUUACGAUGUGAUCCGAUCCAUCCGAGACCCGGAGAAGCCCAACACCCUGGAGGAGCUGGACGUGGUGACGGAGAAGUGCGUAGAGGUCCAGGAGCUGGGCCACGACGAGUACCUCAUCAUCAUCAAGUUCUCGCCGACCGUCCCGCACUGCUCCCUGGCCACCCUCAUCGGUCGCCUGCUCGCUCGCUUGGUUCUGGCCACCGUCCGCUUCCGCCUCAUCCUGACUAUUUUUUGUGUGUUUCUUGUGCUUGUUCGUGCAGGUUUGUGUUUACAAGUCAAGCUGCAAAGAUGUCUGCCCUUCAAACACAAAUUGGAGAUUUACAUCAGCGAGGGAACUCACUCCACCGAAGAGGACAUCAACAAGCAGAUCAACGACAAGGAACGCGUGGCCGCCGCCAUGGAGAAUCCCAACCUCCGAGAAAUCGUGGAGCAGUGCGUCGUCGAACCUGACGACUGACGCGAGGCCCCGUGCGGGUGCGUUGAAGUGUGUGGAGGCGAUUGUGUGUUUGCGCUCUCCGGGUAUGAAUGCGGUUGUGUGUGGAGAAUUGUGGAAUUGAGUGUGCGCUAGUGUGAGGCUGUGUAUGUAUAGAUUUCAGAUGUGUGUCUAGAUGUGUGAAUUAGUUUAUGAAGAUGUGUUUUCUGGUAUGUGUGUGUGUUUACCGCACUGAACCAUGCGCAGCAGCCAUCUUGGCCCAGGUUCCCAUAAUUCCUUGCUGUCACAGGCGUCGGAUUGCUAUUCUGUUGUCCUUCAUGGACAUAAAAGUUUAAUUUACUUUUUCAUGGUGACGCACGCGCGCAGUCACGCGCCGAUGCAAAUGUGCUGUUUGUGUGUUGACUUGGUGUCAAGAAAGUUGAAUUAAAAGUACUGUCAAAAGCG